AUGACGACCAACACAUCCACUAAAACUAGUUUGAGUAUGAAGCUUCUGAUAGACACAAAGGGUAAGAAAGUGCUGUUUGCAGAAGCUUCUAAGGAAGUGGUGGAUUUUCUAUUUACCUUUCUUCAGUUGCCACUUGCUAUCGUCGUCAAGCUUUUAACCAAGGAAGAUGCCGUUGGUUGCUUAGGUAAUCUCUAUUCUAGCGUUGAAAACCUCAACCAUAUUUACAUGCAACCAAACUUAUCUAAGGAUCUUCUCCUUCGUCCAACCGUUCUUGGCCCUACUUCACCUUCCAUCUCCGGCCUCCUCCCUUCAGCUGCUGGAAUGAUAACGCCAAAGCUGUACGGGUGCAACAAUAGUAACUGCAAGACUAUAUCAGAUGUGUAUAACUCUCUUUGUGGCACUUGUACGAAUUAUCCUUAUCAUAAUAUGACGAAGGAAACGACCUAUAUCAAGGGUAGAGCUUACAACAAUAAUAAUGGGUUUGUGAAAGAAGCAGUAAGUUAUAUGAUCAUGGACGAUCUUGUCAUUAAACCCAUCUCAACCAUAUCCAGCAUCACCAUGCUUAAUAACCAGUUCAAUGGCAAGAACGUUGCUAUCUUGAAAGACGCUGUUGUUCAACUCGGCAUGAAAGAGGGCUUGAAGAUACUGAAGACAUGUAUGCAAGAGUCUGACAUGGUUCUCACAAGCGUUUUCUUAGAUUCCUGA